AUGAGGCGAGCACAGGUGAUCCGCCAAAGGCUGCUGGCGCAGCUGGCGGCCAAGGGCGGGGCGGGCGCUGGGAAGGACGCGAGUGGGGCGGGCAGGGAAGGGGCGGGCAGAGGAGCAGCUACUGCAGGGGUGGAAGGGAGUGGGGCGGGCAGGGGAGGGGUUGGAGCAGGGAGAGGAGGUAGUAAGGCGGGCAGAGGAGGGAUUGGGGCAGGCAGAGGGGUGGUGGCAGGUGGGAGAGGGGUUGUUGUGGCAGGUGCAGGGAAGGGAAUAUCUGCUGCUGCUGUUGUUCGUCCUGCAGCUGGUGCUGCUGGUGGUGGUGCUGGUAAUGGUGCUGCUGCCACUCCUGCCACUCCUGCCGCUCCUGCCACUGCCACUGCCAGUGCCAACCCGUCUGCUUCUGUUGCAGCUAAUGUGUCUGUCAGUAGUCCAACAAGAGCAAGGGAUGCAGUGGGAUGGCGAGGUGGGAGCAGUCCGGGUUUGAGCAGCCCCAGCAGGAGCAGUACAGGUGGCAGGAUUGGCAUGGGUGUGAGGGAUGUGUGGGGCAGGGGUGAUGAGGAGAGGGAUGGGAACGGGAGGGGUGUUGGGGGCGAGAAGGUGGUGGAGAGAAGGCUUCAGGUGUCUAUUCAGAUGAAAGGGAGUGCUGCUAGUGACGGUGGGUUGGAACGAGAUGUGAGGAAGGAGGUGGAGGGGAGGGAGAAGGAUAAGUCAGGGGAGCAGGGGAAGGAGAAUGAGAAGCAGAGGGAACAGCAGAAGGAGAAGGAGAGGCAGAGGGAACAGCAGAAGGAGAAGGAGAAGCAGAGGGAGCAGCAGAAGGAGAAGGAGAAGGAGAAGGAGAAGGAGAAGCAGAGGGAGCAGCAGAAGGAGAAGGAGAAGCAGAGGGAACAGCAGAAGGAGAUUGAGAAGCAGAGGGAGCAGGAGAAGGAGAAGGAGAGGCAGAGGGAACAGCAGAAGGAGAAGGAGAAGCAGAGGGAACAGCAGAAGGAGAUUGAGAAGCAGAGGGAGCAGGAGGAGAAGGAGAAGCAGAGGGAACAGCAGAAGGAGAAGGAGAAGCAGAGGGAGCAGCAGAAGGAGAAGGAGAAGCAGAGGGAACAGCAGAAGGAGAAGGAGAAGCAGAGAGAACAGCAGAAGGAGAUUGAGAAGCAGAGGGAGCAGCAGCAGGAGAAGGAGAAGCAGAGGGAACAGCAGAAGGAGAUUGAGAAUCAGAGGGAGCAGCAGAAGGAGAAGGAGAAGCAGAGGGAACAGCAGAAGGAGAUUGAGAAGCAGAGGGAGCAGCAGAAGGAGAAGGAGAAGCAGAUGGGACAGCAGAAGGAGCAAGAGAAGCAAAGGGAGCAGGGAAGGAAGAGGAAGGUGCAGGAGCAGCAAGGCGCGCAGGAGAAGGAGCAGGAGGAUCAGCUGGAAGGGCAGGAGAGACAAGGCGGAGAGCCGCGUAAAGUAAUGAAACGGGGUGAAUGUGCGAGUGAGAGGAGUGUGGAAGGAGUAAGGGACAUCCCUUCUGUCAGUGAAGUGGGUAAGGAGAAUGGGGCAGAGGAGAAGAGUGGAGAGGAGAAGAGUGGAGAGGAGAAGAGGCAGGGGAAGGAGACGAGAAGAGCAGGGGUGUCGGGAAGGGUAAAAGAGGAGGAGGGGCAGGGAGGGGAGAGUGGGGUUGCAGAUUUGAAACACGGGAGGAGGGUGGGCGAGAUUACGGCUGGUGACUUGGGGCGAGGGAAGAGGCGACGAGGUGAAGAGGAGGAUAGGGAGAGACGAGUGAGGGAAAGGGUGGAGGAGGAUAGGCGGAGAGAGGAGGGGGGGAGACGAGAGGACGAGGGAAGGAGGGAGGAGGUGGGGAGGAGAGAGGAUGGGGGAAGGAGGGAGGAGAGGGGAUGGAGAGAGGAGAGAGGCAGGAGGGAGGAAGGGGGAGGGAGGGAGGAGGGUAGGAGGAGAGACGAGAGGGAAAGGAGUGAGGAGUGGCAGAGGAGGGAGGAGGGUAGUAGGAGAGAGGAGGGUAGGAGGAGAGAGGAGGGUAGGAGGAGAGAAGAGGACGGGAUGAGGGAGGAGCAUAUGCAUAAGGGAGGAGGCAGUAGGGAGAGUGGUAAGAACGAGGAAGCAAAGGGGAAGAAGAGAGAAGAGGUUGGGAUGAGGGACGAGCACAUGCACGAGGGAGGAGGCAGGAGGGAGAGUGGUAAGAAAGAGGAGGCAAAGGGGAAGAAGGGGGGAGUGGAGGGGGGUGAGACUGAGGAAGGCACACAAGCGAGGGUGCGGGUCCGGGUGAGAGGGAGAGGAGUGUUGGAGGGAGGGGCGAGGGAGAGGAGUGUGGAUGAGUAUGAGAGCCCGCUGGUGAUGUUCAGGUGCUACCGGCACUCCCCCGUGUUCAUGGCCCGAUGGGGGGCUGUGGUGGAGUGCGGUGAGGAGGAGCAGGAGGAGGGGAAGGAAGUGCAGGAGGGGCAGGAGGAGGGGAAGGAGGAGGGGCAGGGGAGGCAGCAGGAAGGGAAGGAAGAGAAGGAAAGGAAGGAGGGGCAGGAGGGACACAGAGUGGAUCAAGGGCAGAGUCAGCAAAGUCAACAGAGUCAACAACAGCAGCAGCAGCUGCAGCAGCCGGAGCGAGGUCCAUCACCCCAUCCGCCCCCUUCCCCACUUUCCUCUCAGGCCGUGCGAGUCCACGAGGCUUCGAUCGAUCCGGACCGUGUGAUCUGCACCGCCCAGCUGCGCGGCCAAUGCGUGGACGCCAAGUGUCGCCUGCAGCACCUGCUGCCCCACCCUGUGCGCUUUGCCCCUGUGAUCAGGGUAGUGCGGGACGAUGCUGAAAGGGUUGCUGAUAACGUGUAUGCAGUGAGUGUGGCAGGAGCAGCAGCAACAGCAGCAGCAGAAGUGGGGGGAGCAGCUGCUGCUGCUAGGAGUGGGGGGGUUGGGGGGAGAUGGGGAGGAGGAGGAGGGGAAGGAGCAGGAGUGGGAGUAGAGCAUGCGUGGGGAGUGGCAGAGGCAGGAGGGAGUGGGGGGAAGAGGAGUAAGGAGGGAGGGAAGGGAGAUGAGGGAGAGAAGAUUGGUAAGGGGAGCAGGAUGAGCGUGUGGGAUAGGGUGAGUGGUGUGGAGGGGGUUUUUGGAGAUACGAGGGUGAGUGGGGGUGAGAGGGAGUGUGAGGGUGUGAGCGAGGGAGUGAGAGAGGGAGUGAGGGAGGAAGAGAGGUUGCCACUGCACCUUCCCCUCUCUCUGCUCCUUUCUGGAACGGUGGAUUUCUGGGGCGGUGAAAGCUGUCCUGUGAUUGCCCAGCUCCUGGGCUUGAUCCACCUGAAUCGGAUUGACCCGUCUCUGAAGGGAAUGGGGCGGCUGCUCUAUGCUGUCUGUGCGCCGGAACCAACUGCUGCCACUUUGGAAACGGUCAUUGCCUCGCUAGCGCAUUUCCUGUACCACCAGCCAGGCAGCAGCAGCACGUGGCAUGUCUUCUUCCGCCUUUUUGCCCUCCUCCCCGCGCUGCUGCACCUGCCGUGGCUCUACUGCAUGGCGCGGCUUCGGAGGGAGGUUGAAGUCAAGGAGCAGAUGGGCGCGCUCGUUCAGUGCUGUGUGAGUGGGUGUUGGGUGUGUGUGCUUGGGUGA